CUGAACUGAACUGAAGAAAUGCCGCAAUUUUAAAAUUUCUUUAUCGACGACGAAAAAUAUUGUAUUUCAUCAUUCCGCCUUUUUUUAUUGAAAGCGAAAUUUCAAAUUUAGUCUUUCAAUUUGGUUUGACCCUUAAGUUUUGCCAUGCUACAGAAUCUAUCAUGUUUCUAUAUAACAUGGAAAUAGUAAUAAGGGGACUCGGUUUCAAGGUUACAUAUUUAUUACAUAAAGUAGUAUUCAUUCAUCUUAGUAGUAUAAAUUCGAAGGUUGAGGUUGAUCAAUAAAUUAAGUUAAAAAGAACAAUGUUAAUUCUCCAAAAACGUAUUAUAAAUACCAUUAAAGCUUAUGUUUCAAAGGCAAUCAGCUGUAGAACAAUAACUUUUACAAAAAAAUCUGUGAUACUGGGAAUCGAAACAUCAUGUGAUGAUACCGGCUGUGCCAUCAUUGACGGUUCAGGCCGACUAUUGAGUGACAGUUUGUACUCACAAACUGCUGUACACACUAGAUACGGCGGGGUGAACCCACUUGUCGCUCAUGAGUUACACCGAAUGAAUAUUGAUAAAGCAGUAACAGACAGCCUACAAAAAGCCAAUAUAACCAUUGAAGAUGUAGAUGCAAUCGCUGUAACAACUAGGCCUGGUUUACUUCUAAGCCUUCAAAUAGGAGCAAAGUAUGCUAGGUACCUUUCAAGAAUACAUUCAAAACCUUUAAUACCUAUUCAUCAUAUGGAAGCCCAUGCACUGGUAGCAAGAAUGUACCAUGAUAUCCAGUUUCCUUUCUUAGUACUGCUCAUAUCAGGUGGGCAUUGCUUACUAUCACUUGCAAAAGAUGUCAAUGAUUUUGAAUUACUAGGCAAAGGUCUGGACAAUGCUCCUGGUGAGGUUUUUGACAAAGUGGCUAGAAGGAUGAAACUAAGAAACAUUCCUGAAUACUCGAAGAUAUCAGGAGGACGAGCAGUAGAGUUGGCAGCACAGAAAUCCACUAAUCAAGACUUAUUUGAAUUUCCUUUGCCUUUAGCUAGAUAUAGAGAUUGCAACUUCAGUUUUAGUGGGCUCAAAGACUCCUUGGAGCGCAAACUAUUGAAAAAGGAGGAAGAACAUAAUGCAAUUGGUGAUGAAUUAAUACCAGAGGUAUAUGACUUAUGUGCUGCGUUCCAACUUGCUGUUGCAGAGCAUUUAGCCCACAGAACAGAGAGAGCUAUGAAGUAUUGUGAAAAAAACAAUUUGAUAAAACCAGACAACAGGGUAAUAGUUGUGUCUGGAGGUGUUGCUUGCAAUAAUUUUAUAUUUAAAUCUAUAGAAUAUAUUGGAAGCAAAAUGGGUUACACUGCCUACCGGCCACCUCCAAAUGUAUGUACAGAUAAUGGUGUUAUGAUAGCUUGGAAUGGCUUAGAGAAACUAAGGAUACAGUGUGAUAUAAGAACAGAUUUCAGCCUAAAAGAAGUGGAACCAGAAUCACCACUAGGCAAAAACUUAAUAGAAAAUGUAAAGGCUGCCUAUAUACAAACUAAAGUUACAAGAUUAAAAACUUUGUACAAAUGAAA